AUGCCUUUCGACUCAGAUUCCAAGGCAUUAGAAAAUUUUAAAGAGUACUUGAGAAUCCCCUCUGUGCAACCCAAUUGUGAUUAUUCUGGCUGUGUAAGUUUUUUGGAGUCCCAAGCGAACAGGUUGAAACUGCCAGUGUCAAUACAUGAAGUGGAUCUGAAAAAGCCGAUUGUGAUAAUCAGUUGGAAGGGCAGUCGACCUGAAUUGCCCAGCCUGUUGUUGAGUUCCCACAUGGAUGUAGUCCCAGUAUACGAGGAUAAAUGGACCCACGCUCCAUUUCAGGCAGAUGAGGAUGAGGAGGGCAACAUAUAUGCAAGGGGGGCACAGGACAUGAAGUGUGUAGGUAUACACUACCUGGAGGCGGUUUAUCGUUUGAAAAUACGAGGUUACAGUCCACUCAGGACUAUCCACAUCUGCUUUACUCCUGAUGAAGAAAUUGGUUGUUUAGGAAUGAAACUUUUUGUGGAAACUGAAGCUUUCCAGAAAGUCAAUGUCGGCUGUGGACUUGACGAAGGCAUGACAAGUCCAGAUGAAACUUUCAAUCUGUUCUAUGGUGAACGAACUCCAUACAGUCUCACAUUCAUCUGCUCAGGCACUCCUGGUCAUGGGUCUUUACUUCAUGACAACACUGCUGGAGAAAAAUUAGCAGUAGUGAUUCAAAAACUCAUGGAGAAGAGAUCUGAGGAGAAGAGGAAGUUGAAGGAGAACCCGAACCUAACUCUGGGAGAUGUAAUAUCCAUCAAUCUAACAAUGAUCGAGGGAGGAGUCCAAUCAAAUGUUCUUCCACCAGAGCUGAAGGUUGUGUUUGAUUGCCGAGUGAAUAUGGAUACAGAUCAAGAAGAGUUUGAUGAGUGGCUAAGAGACGUAUGCAAAGAAGCUGGAGAAGGAGUUACACUCUUACAGCCAAACAAAAAGAAGAAAGUUGAGCCGAUGGUGUUGGAUUCAGGAAAUCCUUGGUGA